AUGCCCUAUUUUGGGUAUGAAUACAACUUCGACUUCAUGGAAAAGGCCAUCGAGAAUGCCAAACUGCAGCCAGAAGACGUGAUGAUUGUGUUAGAUUCAGAUACACUCUUUACAGGUAUGGAUAUCAAUCCGUUCCUGGAUCGCUUCAUCGCACAGUCCGCCACGACACCAAAGAAGCUGGACGCGGUGGCUGUGCGGCAGGGCCGUGCAAUGGCACCACUCUUAGCCAAUGCGGAGGCUGCCUGUUGGGCACCAAGGAUAUUCAAAUCGGAAUUUGAAUGCAAAUGUGGUAAUGAAGCUGCCUAUACAAAAAUGAGAGAAUAUGCUGCCGCACACCCAGAGCGUAGGCUCAGCCUACCUUUUGAUUUAUCACCGCAACGUUACCUAAAUUCAGGUGCGGUGGUUGCCCGUGUGUGGGCGUACAAAGAAUUCCUGCAAAAGGCUAGAAAUUUAUCAAACACGCAAAUACCAAGAAUUAACACCGAAAAUGGGUGGAGGUGUGAUCAGUCCAUGUAUGCCGCGCCUACCUGGACCUCAUGA